AUGGCCUUUCUCGGCGGAUACGCCGUGGAAGCAGCUUACUAUCCCCGGUUCAACACCACGCUCGGCAACUCGACUACGACGCAGACUGAGCAAGGCGGCGUUGCUGCUCUCCCUGCUCCUGCCCUCAACGUCGUCGCCUUCGGGUCUGCCGUUAUCGCGGAGCACACCGACGUCGUCGUUGCUACAUCCACGAUCACAACGGUAGUAGCAGCUCCGACAGUGACGCGCUACAUUACCAUCACCAACACCCCCGCCAACUACUUCCCCCCCAGCACUCCUACGGGUCCUGCCUGUUUCGCGCCCGUGGUAACCUACGCCGGAUCGGAGGUUACGCUCUCCCCCUCCACAACCCAGAUCUACGUCCCAUGGACUUCGUGGGCGGACGAGAGUACCUGGAUGGGAGUGUAUACGUUCGAGGCGGUUUACACGCCUACUACGUACUUUGUCCAAAACGUCGUUGCUGGGGUGACUGUGCAGGCUACCGUGGAGAUUCCGUUGACCAACACGCUUCCCGGUCGCCAGGAUAUGUUGCCCACGCCUGCGAUCUCUUUCAAUGCACCCUCUUCCAGUCGCUUCCCUCUCGAUAUCUACGCUAACUCAUCCACCCCCGCAACCUCUGCCUCCGGAACCGCUCUUAGUCCUGCACCUACCUCAACUCCUUCAGAGAUUGCCUCGGUGGACAACGUGGGUUCAACGACCUUCACGCCUCCUACAAGCACUCCUGAAACCGACAUUGUUCCCUCCGCCUCCCCUACCGAGACUCCCGGGGCUACGGAGCCAAUUACUAUCAUCAUCGCGCCUAACAUCGUAAUCGCCGUGAACCUCUGCAACCAGUUCGGUACCACCCUCAAUACCCAGCUUCAGCAAUGCGUGAUCCAGACGAACCAGCAAAACAACAUCGGUGACCUAAAUGGCGGGUCGCAGAGCAAUUCAAACAGUGGUAUUGUGGUUAGGGAUCUCGAGGCUGGGGCCGUCAAGCAGAGCGGUGUGGCUUCCCAUGGCCUCGUUGCGGUUGUUGUUGCUCCGAGCACGGCCAAGCUUGCCGAUCUUUGUGUGCGAGUCGGUGGAAGGUGGGACACCAAGCUCCACCAGUGUCUCGUUCAAACGAGUCAGUAG